UGUGUUUGCCUUUUAGUGUCCAAGGGGGACCGAGGGAGAAGCACUGCCACCCAUCAAUGUGCCUGGCCAGGCCGGAUGACGGGGGAUAUCACUUCUGGUGGAGGGGUGGGACUUCCUCCUGGCUUCCAGCCCCAUCCCUUGAAUCGUGGACAGGAGCGUGGCGGCACCGAGAGCUGAAUCCUGCAGAUGCAGGACCUCAGGGCGGACCACCACCUUGGAACAUGUCUGGAACAGAGGCGCUGGGACCAGGUGACACCAGCACCAACCAGCCUCAGGGAACUGUUGUGAUUGAACCAAGCGUAGAA